AUGACGAAGACACACUCGUUGUUCUUUUACGGGACGCUUUGCCACGGCGCAGUGCUUGCACGCGUUCUCGGACACCCGGGCGAGGGGUUGACAAGUCGCGAUGCCCUGCUCCUCGACCAUGUGCGCUUCCACGUCCAGCAAGAAGACUUCCCCGCCGUCGUCUCUUCUGCCGACGGCACCAGUGUAAUGAACCGGUCGCUGUCUGAGGAGGAGUCUACCGUCCGUGGCGUGCUCGUCGAAGGGCUGAGCGACGCUGAUGUAGCGCUGCUCGACGAGUUCGAGGGCGACGAAUACACUCGCGCACCGUGCCCCGUCCGCCUCCUCGACUCUCCCGCCUCUUCGCCUCUCUACGCUCACACCUACCUCUGGACCGCCCCACUCUCGCGCCUCUCGCCUCAAAUCUGGUCGUUCGAAGCCUUCCUCCGCGACUCUGCGCAUCGCUGGGUCGGCGUCGGAGCCGAGUGGAACCCAGACUAUCUCGAGGUCGACAGGAGGCGGAACAUGAAAGGUGUCAUCACGCCGAGGGGAGUGAGGGAGGCGGCGGGACACCUCGUCCAGGAGCAGGGGGAGCAGCUCAAGAAGGAGCUCGACAAGCUGGCGCUCGAGAAUGGGAAGGAGCAAGAGAAUGGCGGGGCAGUCCAGUUCGGGCGGAAGCUCGCGGAGAAGUACUGGAGGUUCGCGCCUGGAUACGUCAACCUCAACCACGGCUCCUACGGCGCCGCCCCCAUCCCCGUCGUCGAGGCCCUCGAGCGCAUCCAAGCCGAAUGCGACUCUGCGCCCGACCGCUUCAUGCGCCUCAACUACGAGAGCCAGCUCGUCGCUCUCCGCGCUCGCCUCGCCAAGUUCGUCGACUGCGACACCGACGACCUCGUCAUGGUUACUAACGCUACCACCGGCGUUAACGAGGUGUUGAGGGGAAUGACUAAUGAGUGGAAGAAGGGCGACAGGCUGUUGUGCUUCUCCACGAGCAUCUAUCCCGCCUGCGUGCAGACGCUGCAGUACAUCGUCGACACCCACCCUCACCUCUCGCUCUCGCUCCUUAACAUCCCCGUCUCCUACCCGAUCCCGCACGCCGAACUCAUCGCCAAGACUCGUGCGGCCAUCGAAGAAGCCGAGAACGACGGGACGGGCAGGAAGGUCCGGCUUGCGCUGAUCGACUCGAUCUCGAGCAACCCUGGCGUCGUCGUUCCGUGGGAAGAGCUUGUCGAGCUCUUCCGCGAGAAGGACAUCCUCUCACUCGUCGACGGCGCGCACCAAAUUGGCCAGCUUCCCGUCUCGCUCAGGACUUCCCGACCCGAUUUCUUCGUCUCGAAUGCGCACAAAUGGCUCAUGGCUCACCGCUCGUCCGCCAUCCUCUAUGUCGACAAGAAAUUCCAACACCUCAUCCACACCAUCCCCAUCGGUCACAUGUAUCGCUCUCGCGAACCCUCGGCUAAUGGCUCUCCCGGCUGGGUAGACGAGCACGUUUGGAGCGGUACGAUCGACUGGGCGCCAUACCUCUCGACGACUGCCGCGCUCGUUUUCCGCCAGAAUGUCCUUGGCGGAGAGGAGAGGAUCAAUGAGUGGUGUCAUCAAUUGGCGGUUGAGGGAGGAGAAGAGGUCGCGAAGGUUUUGGGAAUGAGGACGAUGCGGAACGCGAGGCCGGAGGAGGGAGAGUUGGUCGCCAACAUGGUCAAUGUCGAGCUCCCGAUUCCUCGCCCGUCGACCUUCUCGCCCGACGACAAACGUCUUCUCGCCGCUUUCUGGUUCAAGCGUCUCUCGGAGAACCACAACACGAUCGUUCCCAUCUUCACUCACGACGACCGUUACUGGACUCGCCUCUCCGCCCAAGUGUACAACGACAUGGACGACUUCCGCCACGCAGGACAGGCCGUCAAGCGCGUCUGCGAGCGUAUCGUCGGCGGCGAGUUCCGAGGCGCGGAUGCGAAGGAGGCGCGGGAACAGCUGACUGACGCGGAGCAGCCGUAG